UGGUUUGGUUUCGCGGAGGGGGCGGGCCGACGUAGAGUUUGUUCGCUUUCUUCAUUCAGGAACCGGACGCAAGUUCAGCGAGGUGAACUAAAGCAAUACUCCCGACUGAUGUAAAACAUGUCGUAUUUGGAUUUUUUUUCCGUGAAGUGUCUGUCACUGGUUUGCCCCCUCCAGUAAACUGUGACCAGUAUUACACACUGAAUAGCUGGAUAAAACUAUGGUGCCCGGAAGCUGCAGUGUGGGCCGAGUGCUGACGCUGAUAACCGUCAUCUCUGCUUUUGGUGUUCUCGGUAUUCAAGAAGAGCAGAAGGUGCAGGAGCUUCCGCUUCAAGAGAAAGUGCCAACACCACCUGCUGUAGGCUCAGUCAUUAGUGAAGAUGCAGUCAGUAAAGCAAAUCUGGGGUUUAUUCAUGCUUUUGUGGCAGCCAUUUCCGUCAUUAUUGUAUCAGAGCUGGGAGAUAAGACUUUCUUUAUUGCAGCUAUCAUGGCCAUGCGCUACAACCGCUUGAUCGUUUUGGCUGGAGCAAUGCUGGCUUUAGGAUUGAUGACAUGCUUAUCAGUGCUUUUUGGGUAUGCCACAACAGUCAUCCCUAGGGUAUACACCUACUAUGUGUCAACAGCAUUAUUUGCUAUUUUUGGCAUUCGAAUGCUUCGGGAAGGUAUGAAGAUGAGUCCUGAUGAGGGUCAGGAAGAGCUGGAAGAAGUUCAGGCAGAAAUUAAGAAGAAAGAAGAAGAACUUCAGAGAUCCAAGAUGAUGAAUGGUGUAGGAGACAUUGAAGCAGCUUCCAGCAACCUGUUGCCACAGAGGAGCUGGCAGUGUGUCAUUUCACCUGUAUUUGUUCAAGCCUUUACACUAACGUUUCUUGCGGAGUGGGGAGAUCGCUCUCAGUUAACCACCAUUGUUUUGGCAGCUCGGGAGGAUCCCUUUGGGGUGGCAGUUGGUGGAACCUUUGGGCACUGCUUGUGUACAGGACUUGCAGUAAUUGGUGGAAGGAUGAUUGCACAGAAAAUAUCUGUUCGAACAGUGACAAUUAUAGGAGGUAUUGUGUUCAUUGCGUUCGCUCUGUCAGCAUUGUUCAUCAAGCCAGAUGUUGGAUUUUAAUCUGAAUCAUGGGUGGAAGUUUUAAAAGGAACAUAAAAGCACUCUUGACUAUUUUUUGUGCAAUCUGUCUACACCAAGAAGUGGAAGUACAGUGUGGGAAAGGUCAGACUAGCACUGGUUCUUUUCCAGAAUACGUAGCGUUUUGUUUUGUUUUCUUUUGUGAGUUUGCAACCCAUUCACUAAAUUAACAUCUUGUGAGAGAUGCAGAUUUGAAUGUUAUUUCUGACGUUUCAAAGGAUAGACAAUAAGCACACGCAGUGAGACUUUUGUCUUUUUUUUUUUUUUCUUUUCUUAAACAAAAGAAGAAUGUUCCCUUGUGUUCCUGAAAACUGGUGACUUAUUUUAAUCAAUGUGAAAGGUUUUUUUUUUUUGUUAAUUUUAUUUUAGAUCAAGUACUGUAGAUGACAGGGAAAAUUGCUGGGUUGAAAACUUACAAGGUAACUUCAUUGUCAAUAUUUGACAAACUGCAGUAUCUAAGGAAAUAACUGUCUGCGUACUAUUGUAUUGCAGAAAUCUUGAGACGGUAACCCAUGAUUUAUGUAAAUAAUGUUUGAAAGGCUAAUAUCACAAUAAAGGUGAUGUCUUGUA